UGGCCUGCCUGCGCGAGUCAUAACCUAAAAGUGGCGGUGUUUUUAUUUUAGAAUUCCGCAUAUUUUAGGUUUUUUGUGAGAAAACGAUUAUUUUGCGUACUUUUAUUAGCUUUAAAUGUUUGAUGUUAUACUUGUGUAGUGAUAUUAUGCGUAUAAGUGCCAAAGUAAUCGUAAACCGCGUGUUUUUGUCUAAGCAAAAAAUAUAAACAAAGUGUAAAUAAACAUUUAUUUUUAAAAGUUUCAAGUCUCGUAAUCUUCGCUGUUGUUUGUAGGUACAUCUUAUGUAUAAUUUGUAAAUAAUAACAAUAAUCUUGUUACCUAUGUUAAGAUUUCUAAGGCAUCUGUUAGUUAAUUACUCCAAAAAUAAUUUUCUUACUAAAUUUUUCCCGUCAAACUUAUAUAACUAUCGAAAAAAUUUAAAAAUGGCCAGUGAUAACAUGAAAGAAAAAAAUAACUUUCAUAUAGACCAUGAUGUAGAUCAUGUUCCAGUGAAAAAAGUGAAACUGGACAAUGAUUUAGAAGUUUCAAAAUUGGAAAUGAGGACUGUAGCUACAAUGUGCGGAGCUUGGAGAGGGGAAGAGGAAGAUGGUGGUAUGAUCUUGGUUUUCAAGACUAGGACCCCUGGCUUGAGUCCGGAUCCAACCAAGGAGAGUGAUUAUCCGGAGAACAUUGAAGAUUUUUGGGAGGCGAGUUUCUCUGGCAGCGAGAAUAAUCAGGGUGAAAAAGAUAGCGGCAAAAACUGUAUAUUGUCGUGCGAGAAGAGGAAAGCCGAUGACACUGAUAUUAACAAGGAUUUAAAAAAGGCGAAGUUGGAGACAAAGGCGCUGAAGGCGAAACGGCCCGGCUUCACCGACGACCGGUACAAUGAAACCUCAUAUUAUAUUGAAAAUGGUCUCAGAAAAGUGUACCCCUACUACUUUACAUUCACAACCUUCACCAAAGGGCGGUGGGUUGGCGAGAAGAUCCUGGAUGUCUUCGCAAGGGAAUUCAGGGCUCACCCAGCCGCGGAGUACGAGAGGUGUAUCAGGGCUGGCACCCUGACAGUAAACUAUGAAAGAGUCGACCCUGACUAUAGACUCAAGCAUAACGACCUACUUGCAAACGUUGUCCAUAGGCACGAGACUCCAGUGCUCGCUAACCCCUUGCGCAUCAUUCACGUGGACGAAGAACUGCUCGUGUUAGACAAGCCUUGCUCGUUACCGGUGCAUCCGUGCGGCCGCUACCGUCACAACACGGUUGUGUUCAUACUCGCCAAGGAAUAUAACUUGAAGAACCUUAGAACUAUUCACAGAUUGGACAGGCUAACUUCAGGAUUACUAUUAUUUGGACGGAGUCCAAAGAAAGCGAGACAAAUGGAACAUCAGAUUCGAAACCGUCAGGUGCAGAAGGAAUACGUGUGCAGAGUCGACGGGGCGUUCCCCGAUGAGGAGAUCGAAUGUCAAGAGCCAAUAGAAGUGGUCAGCUACAAGAUCGGGGUCUGCAAGGUGUCUUCGAAGGGCAAGGAUUGCUCCACAAUGUUCAAGAGGCUGGGCUUCAAUGCUAAGAGUAAUACCAGUGUGGUGCUCUGCCGGCCCAAGACGGGCAGGAUGCAUCAGAUCCGUGUGCAUCUGCAGUAUUUGGGUUACCCAGUAGUAAACGAUCCGUUAUACAACCACCCAGUGUUCGGUCCUCUCCGAGGCAAGGGAGGCGAUACAGGUGGCAAGACAGACGAACAACUAGUCAGAGAUCUCAUUGCUAUCCACAAUGCUGAGAACUGGCUAGGAGUGGAUGCCGCUGAUGAUGAUUUGUUGUUCUCCAAGCCCGCUUCUGAUGAUAAAGGAGUUGGUGAAGAUGACGACACGGGACCAGCGUCUAGAGAGUCUUCUCCAAGACUCGAGUCUCCUGCGCCAGGACUCACGCCUUCGUCAGUUAUGACUCAUCUUCUUCCACCAGCCACUCUUCCGAGCCCAUCUAGUGCUGCCGAAGCUCCAAUGGAAGUCAAGAGUGAGCUCAGCUGUUCGUCCCCAGCCUGCACGCUGCAGCCAUCGCCCAUCGCUUCUCCGCAGCUCAACGACGACUCCAAUGAUGCCAAGUCGGACAAAGUAACAGUCGCGACGCAGACCGGCUGCACGCCGCCGGUCGCAGCGCCGAGCGCGGUGAGCGCGGCGAGCGCGACGAGCGGCUCGGCGAGCGACGCGCUGUCGCCCGACCCUCACUGCUACGAGUGCCGUGUGCGGUACCGCGACCCGAGGCCCAGGGACUUGGUUAUGUAUCUGCACGCUUGGAAAUACAAGGGGCCCGGCUGGGAAUACGAAACUGAGCUGCCCCAAUGGGCGAGCGUGGACUGGGACGAGCCAGAGUGCUCAUAGUUACACGAACCGACAGUGCGCGGGCGCCCUUCCACCCCCCAAUAUUCAAGACUCAACAUAACACGGUAUCGACAAAAAUAAUACGCAUGACAACUCUUAGUGACACGCGUUUUUUAAUCUAUGUUACUAAAUUGUUACGAAGGCUGAAAAAAAGGCGGGGCGCCAAAAACUACAACAUUGGUACUCACUUGGCUGUUAUGUAUUACAUAAGGCGGUAACAGAGAUUGCUUGGGCCGUCUGUCGACUGUAUAUAAAUAAUCACCUUCGAUAUCCGAAUGCUUGUCGACAGCCUAAGGUUAUGAUGUUUACAUUUGCACAGUGUACUGUAUUCUACACAGAUCUAGCAAAAAUUUGCUGUGACAGACAGUCCAUUUUGUUACCGCUUUUACAGUGCUGAGGUAAGUUUGUAAAAUAAGUGAGAAUUUGAAUAAGAAUAGACAUAUUUUUCUGCGUUUUUAAUUUGCGACACUGUUAUUUCCAUUGUCUGGUUUUUCGAAAUAUGUUGUCUACUUAAUUAGCGCACAAAUAGGUUCUGACUUCUUUAGAAUUUAACAUUAGGAUUUUAUUUGAUCAAUCUUCAGUUCCUAUCGGCCUAUGAUUCGUCAAGCUUUAGUAGCGUAGAUGAUAAGACAAAUAACAAUUUAUAAUGAUAUCGAUACCAUAAAAUAGUUGUAUUGCUUAAACGAGGCAGGGUCACAACCACAAUCAUAAAUUGAUAUAAAUAUAAAAAUUAAAAUCAUUUUUAAUGGGAUAGCUCUUCGUUUUAAAAUGUUAUUACGGAAUUUGCGACACAUUAACAAUUGCUCUAUUUAUUUUAAAAUUGUACUAAAUUUUACUUCUUAUUUCAAAUGACUAUUAUAAAUUUUCGAAAUUUUAAUUUCAAUCAAACUUGGACCACUGCUAUAUUUUUUUAUAAUCUGAAUUAAAAAUACGACCACUGUUAUUAAAUUAUUUAGAACGGCUAUCUCGGUAAUAUUAGAAGCGUAUGUUUAUUGCAUAGAUAAAUAAAUAUUGAAUAUGUCGCAUUGUGUAGAUGACGUUAUAGCUGCGUCGUCAAGUUCGGCUUCCAUAGUUUUGUGUAGUGACAUGUUUUAACUAAUAUUUAGGGGUAACCCGAGAAAUUUUGUACUUUACAUACAUAGAUAACUUUGCUAAGUAUGGUGUUUCGUAUCCCCGAUUUGUAUUACCUUACGUUUGACACAAUUCAAGGCCAGUUGUGAUAUGCAUUUAAAUAAAUUGUUUAACACUAACUUCUUAUACAUUUGUCUAUCGUUAUAAAAAGACAGUUAUGAAAAAUGAUCCUAACACAGUACACUGUGUUAGGAUUUCUUUACAAAAUCUUGGUCUUAUUCUUGCUUUAAAAAUCUUGAUCUUGACUUUUUGAAAAUUUCUUUCAAUGUCCCAGAGUCUUGUAAACCGUUAUCAAAAAAAAUAAAUAUUUUAGAAACAUUUUCCGCUAACACACAACUCUACAAUAUUUCAAAAUUUUGGAAGCAGCAUAUACUAAAGACAUGACUAAGAUUUUUUGUUUGUUAUUAAGUUUGCGUGUUUUAGUUCUAAGUACUUAUCCCCAGUUUGGACAAAACAAUUGAUAUUUUAGGAAUGUUUCCCAUUGUUGUAACACUUUUUGGAAAUGGUACAAGUAUUUUUGGGUCAAUUCACACGGCGUCGUGACGACAUGAUGUGUACCAUGUGUACAUUGACAAUAGUGUUAUAUUUACGUAACAACAAAACUAUGACACUUCCAAAACGACGGAUGUUUUGUUGUAACGACAUAGUGAGAACUUGCCCUUACUUUUAGUUACUUUCUAGAAUAUAAAUUGUAAAAAGACAAUUUCUUGUGACUACUAUAUUCUCACGAGCUUUGACAGAUUAGUUCUAUGAGAAGUAUAUUUAUAUAUUUUUCUUACUUGUAGUAGUGUAGUUCUAGUUAUGCAAUUUGUGUUCCUGUUGUAUCGAAAUUGGUCGAUGAUUUGGAGUAAACCCUAUGUCAAAGAUUAAUCCAUCAGGAAUCGUACCCAUGUCAAGGGGUCCUUAUAACCCUAUCGACAACUUAAUUUUGCACUAUCAUCUGCCGUCUGCAUUUCUUAAUCCCAACCAUUGAUUCAUUCAAAUAUAUUUGGGUCAUUACCUAAAUAUAUUUGAAUGAAUUAAUCUAUUCGCGAUAUUUUAACACAAGUAUUAUGAUAAAAUUGUUAUACACAAAUGUCCCAAUACCAUACAUAUUUUAAUGAAUGUCAAAUUAACGAGUGUGUAAAAGACAAGGCAUAUUUUUCUCUGAGUCAACAGCAACCUUUAUGUUGGGUCUCGCGGUUAUAAUUUUUAGCAAUGUACCGUAAGCAUAGUGACCUAUCAUUGUAAAAAUAUAACAGUUUACUCCAAACCCUCGCAAAUAUUAUUGUUAUCGCAGUUUGCUAUCAUAUUAUAAUGUAUAUAUACGUCUAAUGAUACAUGCUAUUUUCUGUCACUGUAUCGAAUGCUGGCUCUAAGAAUUAUCUAUUUCGGGAUCAAAAUACGUAAUUUUAAGUCAUCGUGGGGUUAAAUCGAUCGUUAGUUGGAAACCUCUCGAAAAUAAUCCAAAUAUUUGAGUUUUAAUUUAAAUAGACGAUUUUUAAAGUAGCAUGUACAAAUAAGGUUAUAAUGUGGCAUAUCACAUAGGUACCACUGUGGGGUUCUGGCGUUGGUCGCGGGACCCCAUAUCCGACAUUGUUGUAUUUUUAUAUAGUGUGUAAGACCUGUUUAUAUUGUGUUACAUGUGUUACGGUGAACUGUAAUGUACACUGACUGUUUUGCGAAUUUCGAUAUUGUGUCGACUCUGUUGCGGUCUAAUCUGUGUUUGUAAUAUUGCCUAAUUUUUAUCCUCAUGCGGACAAGAUGGGAGAUAAAGAAAUAUUUUUAGGCAAUAUAAUUUGCGUCUCUUUAAUAUUGAGAGAUUUGUUAAUACAGUUGUUUUGGAACGCAACGGUGUUUGGCCAAUCAGGUUUAGUCAGUCAAUAAGUGCUUCUUUUUUACUGUACGUAACUCCUUCCUUUGCUUUUUAGUGAAAAAGAAAAUUUUCACAUUCUUAAUUUGUUUGUUCGUAAGAAAAUUUUCAUGUGCCUUCUCAAAAUAUUGAAAAUAAAUUGUAAAAAUAUGUUUUAAACUACAGUUACAAGUAAUUGUUACACGUUUUAACAUAAGUAGGGUUACAUUCGGCACUCGAGCUUAAUAAUGUAGAAGUGGGCAGAGAGAGGGCGCUGCUGCAAGCUACGCUAUUUAAUUAUUUUAAUUAAAAAAGCAAUGCCAGUGCAUAUUUGGCAUAAUCUUUCGAAGUUGCGAUCUUACUUCCGAAAGGUCAAAAUAAUUUUGAGUUAAUUACGUAUUGCUAUGUGUCUGUCUGUUUAGGACCAUAACAAGAGUUGAAGAUGUCUACUUAAUUACUUUUGAAUAUUUGGCAGUUAAAGUUUUCCUUUAUUCAAAAACAAUUUGCAUUGUAUUAUCGCCCGAACUUGGUCAAAAACCAAUAUAUAAAAGUCUCGAAUCGAUCGUUUUGGAAUAAAAAGUUUUAAUAUACUUUGUCUACCAUAAUGUGAAGAUAUAUUCAAAAUUUUAAUAACAGUUUUAAUAUUUGAAAUGUGCAUUAAAAUUCAGGAAGUAGCGUUUAUUUCCAAAAAGCCAGAUCGUUAACUUCCGUGCCAUAUGGCUUAAUCGUUGGCGCAUUCAGAAAAGUGGAACUUAAAUUAAAUGAUCAUUAAAACCAAAAUGGCCGGCCUGCAGCCCCUCCCACGCCCCACCGAGCUCGCAUUCGGCACAAUUUUGCAGGAUUAACUGUUUGUGAUUAUAUUUUGCGUAAUUUAUUGUAAUAAUUGUUUUGUUUCUCAUUACUAAUUGAUGUGUUCUCAUUGUGUUUUUAUCCGCUGGGCAGAUGUGGGUGGUGGUUACUUCUAUUUAGAUCAAAAGUUAAUUUUUUUAUGGUAAAUUUGUACUAUACAUUUACAAUCUGACCCAUGUCAAACGGCAUUCAUGAAAAAAUGCCUACUUAAAAGUCGCCGAAGCAUCUUUGCCUAUUAUUGGCUUGCUAUGGUGUCUACUAUUCUAUAAAUAAAUGAUAAUAUGUUGGCUCUUGUUAUUCCCAUGGGAACUUCAAUUCAACAUCAUGGAUACAAAUUCUAAUUUAACUGUGUUCUCUUACAUUUUCUACAAACUUCAACCAUUUCGAAUUCAUUUUAUUUAGUUGCGAGUCAUCUACGUCUGCGCAGUGCCCUCGACACUUCUUAAUUAUAAUUUGAACGACAACAUGAAAGACAUUUUUGUUUAUUUGAUAAGUAUUUCAUAAUUAAGAUUAUAAUAGUGUUUCCUUCUUUAGAUUCAUGUUAUAAGGUUCAUGUUUCCACUUAAAUUUAAUUAGAAUAAAAACUCAUCAUUGA